AUGGCCGUGGCGCCGGGCUCCCCGCUCCUCUGGGCGCUACUCCCGCACCUCCUCAGCCUGUGUCCCGCACAGCCGGAGCCCCCCGAUUCCCGCCGGAUGGGGCUCAGCCUCCACCCGCCCUACUUCAACCUGGCGGCGACAGCCAGCAUCUGGGCGACGGCCACAUGCGGGGAGGGGGCGGCGGCGGGCGGCGAGGGGCGGCCGGAGCUGUACUGCAAGCUGGUGGGGGGCCCGGCCGCCGCACCCCUCGGCCGCGCCAUCCAGGGACAGUCUUGUGAUUAUUGCAAUGCUGCUGAUCCCAGUAAAGCUCACCCCAUAACCAAUGCAAUAGAUGGCACGGAGCGCUGGUGGCAAAGUCCUCCUCUUUCUAUGGGCCUGAAGUACAAUGAAGUCAAUGUUACUUUAGACCUGGGGCAGCUCUUCCAUGUUGCCUAUAUCCUUAUCAAGUUUGCAAAUUCUCCUCGUCCAGAUCUCUGGAUCUUAGAAAGAUCAGUGGACUUUGGAAGAACUUACACUCCCUGGCAAUAUUUUGCUCACUCCAAGGCAGAUUGCUUGGAGCACUUUGGGAAAGAAGCUAACCUGCCAGUGAGGAGAGACAGUGAUGUCCUUUGCACCACCGAGUACUCUCGCAUUCUGCCUCUUGAAAAUGGAGAGAUUGUAGUAUCUUUGGUAAAUGGCCGCCCAGGAGCAAAAAACUUCACUUACUCCUCUAGUCUUCGAGAAUUCACAAAAGCAACAAACAUUCGCCUUCAUUUUCUCAGAACCAAUACACUGCUUGGACACUUGAUAUCAAAAGCUCAACGAGACCCCACUGUAACACGUAGAUAUUACUACAGUAUAAAGGACAUCAGUAUUGGUGGUCGAUGUGUUUGCCAUGGCCAUGCUGAAGUAUGUAAUUCAAAGGCUGAAAACCAAUACCAGUUUCAGUGUGAAUGUCAGCAUAACACUUGUGGGGAAACCUGUGAUCACUGCUGCCCAGGAUAUAAUCAGAAACCGUGGCAACCUGCAACAGCUGGAAGCACAAAUCUGUGUGAACCUUGCAAUUGCCAUGGCCAUGCCACUGAUUGCUACUACGAUGCUGAUGUUGAUCAGCGUCAAGAAAGCUUAAACAUCCAUGGGCAUUAUGAAGGUGGAGGAGUCUGCAUUAACUGCCAGCAUAACACAGCUGGUAUUAACUGUGAGCAGUGUGCAAAAGGUUAUUAUCGUCCUUAUGGUGUUCCAGUGAGAGCUCCUGAUGGCUGUAUUCCCUGCAGUUGUAACUCAGAGUAUGCAGAGGGCUGUGAGGAAGGAUCUGGCCGCUGCCUCUGUAAGCAGAAUUUCCAGGGAGAAAACUGUGAACACUGUGCUGAAGGAUUCUAUGAUUAUCCCUUUUGUGUCCGUCUUCCUGUGUAUCCAUUUACUUCUCCAAAUCCAAGAGAUGAUAUGGCUGGUGUCAUAAUCGAGAGUGGCUGCAAACCAGGAUAUUUUGGCUCCCAGUGUCAGCCGUGCCAGUGCCACGGUGCAGGAGUGCUGGGCAGUGACUGUGAUGGCAACACUGGACAGUGCAGAUGUCGAACUGGAUUUGGGGGAUUUUCCUGUGAUACCUGUGCUGCUGGGUAUUUCCAUUACCCUUUUUGUCAGGUGUGUGAAUGUAAUUUGUCAGGAACACAGCCCGAAGUCUGUGAUUUUCUUGGGAGGUGUCUUUGUCGCUCCGGGGUAACUGGGAUUCAGUGUGACAGCUGUCACCCUGGCCACCACUCCUUCCCUGCCUGUCAAGAAUGUAACUGUGAUGCUGUUGGCUCAGUGGAGAACACAUGUGGUCCUGGAGGUCAAUGUCAUUGCCAUAGGAACUAUGCUGGGCUUAGAUGUGACCAGUGUGCCCCAGGUUACUACAGCUAUCCCAGCUGCUUGCGUGUCGACAGUGAAUGUGACCCUUCAGGUAGUGUUGGUUCUUAUUCUGGAUAUUGUAAGUGUCUUCAGCAUGUUGAAGGUCCUACUUGUAGUAAAUGCAAACCAUUGUACUGGAACCUGGCCAGAGAAAACCCUCAGGGAUGUACAGCAUGCCAGUGUGAUGUAAGUGGAACACUAAGUGGGAUUGGAGAAUGUCAGCAGGAAAAUGGGCGUUGUUACUGCAAAUCUAAUGUUUGUGGAGAUUCCUGUGACACUUGUGAAGCUGGUUAUUAUGCUCUUGAAAACAAGAAUUAUUUUGGCUGCCGAGGCUGCCAGUGUGAUGUUGGAGGAUCCCUCAGCCCAUCGUGUGCCGAGCCCUGGGGUGGCUGCCAGUGCCGGGCGCACGUGGUGGGGACAGCGUGUCAGGAGCCUGAAAAAAACUAUUAUUUCCCUGAUCUGCACCACAUCAAGUUUGAGAUUGAAGAUGGUACUACUGUCACGGGAAGGGAAAUUCGAUUUGGCUAUGAUCCUCAGGAAUUUCCUACCUUCAGCUGGAGAGGAUAUGCUCGGAUGUCCUCUAUACAACCAGAGGUGGUUGUCCCUGUCACUGUGGCUUCCCCUAAGCUCUUCCACCUAGUCCUCCACUAUGUCAGCCUGGGCUCAAAAAGCUCUAAAGGGAAGAUCUCAGUUGCUGAGGGAAAACAUUUUGGCACUAAUUAUACUUGGGCUGCUCAGAGCGAAGAGUUUCUCUUCCCACCCAGCAAGGAGCCAGCUUUUGUCACAAUCCCAGGAAAAAGCUCCACAGAGCCUUUCUCACUGGUUCCAGGCACGUGGAUUGUCAGUAUAAUGGCAGAGGAAGUCCUUUUGGAUUACAUGGUGCUGUUGCCUAGUGAUUACUAUGAAGCAUCCAUCUUGCAGAUACCAGUUACAGAGCCUUGCACCUAUUCAGGACGUGCUUCAACAGAUCACUGCUUGCUCUAUCAGCACUUGCCAUUGGGCAGAUUUUCCUGUGUCCUUGGUUCAGAAGCAGAAUAUCUCAGACACGGGGGAGAAUACAGAAGAAUACCUGUGCUACAGCCAGCUCCUGAUCAGCCAGCGAUGACCCAGAUCAGUGGAAGAGAGGUCAAUUUACAAAUAACCAUAAAUGUUCCACAAGUCGGUCGCUAUGUUCUGGUUUUUGAAUAUGCCAACGAAGAGGAUCAGUUAUACACUGCUGAGGUAGUAAUACAUAGCCCUGCACCAAUCACUGUAGGCAGAGUGAGAAUAUACAGUUGUAAAUACAGUUUCCUUUGUCGCAGUGUUGUGGUUGAUGACAGGAAUCGCAUUGCAACCUAUGAUCUUCUAGCCGACACAAAGAUACAUCUUAAGGCAUCAUCAAUUAAUUUUCUUCUGCACAAGGUUUGUAUUAUAUCAGCUGAAGAAUUUUCUCCAGAAUACGUGGAUCCUAAAGUACAAUGCACAGCUACUUACAGGAGUACUCGUGAUGGAAGUGCAAAGUGCAUUCCCUCAGUAUAUGAAACUCCACCAGCAGCUUUGGUUUUGGAUGCGUUCAAGGAUGGAAAAAUUUCUGAAGUACAGAGAAAUACACUCUUCUAUGACCCACUGAGUGCCCCUUUGCCUCUCAGCUCAGUUCAUGGAGUCACCUUGACACCGUUGCAGGACCAGAUUAUCUUGAGUGGCACAGUGCCCCACUUGGGCAGAUACGUAUUUGUGGUACAUUUUUAUCAGCCGUCAUACCCGGUGUUCCCUGUGCAAGUGAGUGUGUAUGCGGGACGUCUGUGGUCAGGCUCCUUCAAUGCUUCAUUCUGCCCUCAUACCUCUGGCUGUCGGGGUCAGGUGGUUGUGGAAAACCAAAUUGAGCUUGAUAUUUCUGAACCUGAGGUCUCUGUUUCAGUAAUGAUACCUGAUGGAAAAAUGCUUGUUCUGGAAAAUGUCUUAGUUGUUCCAGCAGAUACCUACAGUUACAAAAUUCUUGACACAAAGACAGUGGACAAGUCAUUUGAUUUUAUCAGCCAAUGUGGAGGAAACAGUUUUUAUAUUGACCUUGGACGAUCAUCAUCCUUCUGUAAGGACUCUGUGAGGUCACUGGUGGCUUCCUACAAUGACGGAGCCCUACCCUGUGACUGCCAUAGUGCAGGUGCCACCAGCCCUACUUGCAGCCCCCUGGGAGGACAGUGUGCUUGCAGACCUCACGUUGUUGGUCGCCAGUGCAGCCGGUGCCAAACUGGAUACUAUGGAUUCCCAUUCUGCAAGUUAUGCAGCUGUGGGCAGCGUCUCUGUGAUGAUGUGACUGGUAAAUGCAUUUGCCCUCCUCAAACUGUUAAACCAAAGUGUGAGGUGUGUGAGAAACAUUACUUCAACUAUCACCCUCUUGCUGGCUGCGAGAGCUGCAACUGUUCAGAACGAGGAAUCAUUAAUGCGGCAAGGCCAGAAUGUGAAAAAAACAGUGGGCAAUGCAAAUGCAAACCAGGAAUAAAAGGACGGCAGUGUGAUCAGUGUGCUCCUGGUACUUAUGGUUUCCCAAACUGCAUGCCAUGUAACUGCAACAGAGAUGGAACAGAACCAGAUGUUUGUGAUCCCCAGACAGGAAUUUGUCUCUGCAAGGAGAACGUUGAAGGUGCAGCAUGUGAUACUUGCCGACCAGGAUCCUUUUACCUGGACCCUUCUAAUCCCAAGGGAUGCACCUCUUGCUUUUGUUUUGGGGCAACCAGCAACUGUCACAGCACAAAUCAUCGCAGAACCAAGUUUGUGGACAUGAGGAACUGGCGCUUGGAGGCAGUGGAUGAAAAUAUUGACAUUCCAGUCACUUUCAAUCCAGUCAGUAAUAGCAUAGUGGCUGAUGUUCAGGAAUUGCCUGCUUCAGUGCAUAGUUUGUACUGGAAAGCACCACCAUCAUACCUGGGAGAGAAGCUUUCUUCCUAUGGUGGGUUCCUAAGUUACCAAGUGAAAUCUUUUGGCUUACCUAGUGAGGGCAUGGUUCUUCUGGAUAAGAGACCUGAUAUCCAACUAAUGGGCUAUCAAAUGAAAGUUGUUCACAUGGAUCACAACAACCCCCUGCCUGACCGUCAGUAUUAUGGCCGUGUGCAGCUCCUUGAGGGAAACUUCAGGCAUGCCAGCAGCAAUAACCCUGUAUCCAGAGAAGAACUGAUGAUAAUCCUGUCUCGACUGGAUGAUCUACAGAUCAGAGGCCUUUACUUCACAGAGACUCAGCGACUGACCCUUGGUGAGGUUGGGCUGGAAGAAGCCACCAGCACAGGAAGCGGCAGCAUUGCCUACAGUGUAGAGACAUGCUCCUGCCCUCCUGAGUAUGCUGGUGACUCAUGUCAGGACUGUGGUCUGGGGUUUUAUCGUGAGAAUAAAGGACUAUUUACUGGACGCUGUGUACCCUGCAACUGCAAUGGAAAUUCAAAUAGAUGUCAAGAUGGUACUGGAAAAUGUAUUAACUGUCAGUACAAUACUGCUGGGGAGAAAUGUGAACGCUGUAAAGAUGGCUAUUUUGGAGAUGCCACUCAAGGUUCCUGUCGAGUGUGUCCUUGCCCUUACACAAACAGGUUUGCAACUGGCUGUGUGACAAAUGGAGAAGAAAUUCAGUGUCUCUGCAAAGAAGGUUAUACUGGGGUUCGAUGUGAACGCUGUGCUCCAGGAUAUUUUGGAAAUCCACAAAAAUAUGGAGGGUACUGCCAGAAAUGUAAUUGUAAUAAUAAUGGGCAGCUGGCUAGCUGUGACCACCUUACUGGAGAAUGUUUCAAUAACGAACCAAAAGAUGUGGAUCCAAAUGAAGAUUGUGACCCUUGCGAUAGCUGUGUACUGACACUGCUGAAGGAUUUGAACACAAUAGGUGAUGAGCUUCAGCUGAUCAAGUCUCAGCUGCAGAAUGUCCAUGCAAAUACCCACACACUGGAGCAGAUGAGACGUCUGGAAACACGCAUCAAGGACAUGCAGGUCUUAUUGAACAAUUACCGUUCCGUUGUUCAUAAUCAGGGUUCAAAGGUAGAUGAGUUGGAGACAGAAUUCAUUAACCUAAAUAAAGAUGUAAAUGCUCUCCAGGAAAAGGCUGAAAUGAACUACAAAGAAGCUGAGUUAUUAUUUAAUAAUUUUGGCCAAACUCAUCAGAAAGGAAAGGAUUUGAUUUCACGAAUACAAACAGUUGUCAACAAUAUACAAGUGCUGUUGAGACAAAUAGCUGGUACAAACACAGAAAGUAAUAACUUGCCCUUGGGAGAUGCUGCCAAAGAUCUGGCCGAAGCUCAGCGCAUGAUGACAGAAAUGCGGAACCGCAACUUUGGCCAACUUCAAGCAGAGGCAGAGAAGGAGAGAAGAGAAGCUCAGCUGCUACUCACACGUAUUAAGAAUGAACUACAAAAGUACCACCAAGAAAACCAUGGACUUAUUAAAACUGUGAGGGAUUCACUGAAUGAAUAUGAAUCCAAAAUCACUGACCUUCGUGAAGCUCUGAAUGAGGCAACGGGACAAAUCAAGCAGACUAAAAACUUAAACAGAGAUAAUGGAGUUCUCUUGGAAGACAUUAAGAAAAGGAUUGAAGAGACAAAUGCACAGCAGAACAGUAUCCUGGCUAUUCUGAGCUCUGCCCGAUCCUUCCUGACACAAGCUAACAGUGUGCUUGGAUCUCUGCAGAAGAGCAAAGAGGAGUAUGAAAGCCUCGCUGCUCAGCUGGAUGGAGCAAGGAAGGAUAUGAAUGAAAAGCUGACAAAUCACUCCUUAUCAGCAAGCAAAGUACCAUUGGUGGUGAGGGCUGAGGAGCAUGCCAAAUCUUUGCAAGACUUGGCAAAACAACUGGAAGAAAUAAAGAACAGUGCCAGGAAGGAUGAGCUGAUAGGCUGUGCUGUGGAAGCUUCUACUGCCUAUGACAAUAUUAUUAAUGCCAUCAAAGCAGCAGAGGAAGCAGCCAACAAAGCUGGGAAUGCAGCUGACUCAGCUUUAUCAACUGUGAAGAGAGAAGAUCUAUCAGGAAGAGCUGCAAAGUUAAAAACUGAGAGCAGUGCACUCUUGAAUCAAGCUCAGGAGACUGAAAAGAAAGUGCAAGCUAUUGGUCCAACCCUUGAAGAUAUUAAGCAAAGACUUGGUGUCACUGAUGGAAAGAAGAAUACACUGCAAGCUGAUCUUGUCACUCUUCAAAAUAAUCUCAAUGGGAUAAACAGAGGUGACAUUGACAGCAUCAUCAGCAGUGCAAAGAACAUGGUAAAAAGUGCUGAGGAUGUCACAACUAAUGUAUUGGAUGAGCUGCUCCCAAUUCAAGCAGAUGUGGAGAAAAUGAAGAGUACUUACGGAAGCACACAAAGUGCUGGCUUCAGUAAAGCACUGAUGGAGGCAAACAAUUUAGUAAAAAAAUUGACAAACAAACUUCCAGAUCUAUUCAGCAAGAUCGAGAGUAUCAACCAACAGCUGAUGCCAAUAAGCAACAUCUCUGAGAAUUUAAAUCACAUAAGAGAGCUGAUUCAGCAGGCAAGAGAUGCUGCAAAUAAGGUUGCUAUUCCUAUGAGGUUCAAUGGCAGCUCUGGUGUAGAGGUUCGACCUCCAAGCAACCUUGAAGAUCUGAAAGGCUACACUUCACUUUCUUUCUUUCUUCAAAGACCUCAGACAAGAUUAGACAUCCCCCAGAGAGCAUCAAAUAAGUUUGUACUCUACCUGGGUAAUAAAGAUGCUUCCAAGGACUACAUUGGUAUGGCAGUGAAAGGUGGUCACCUCACUUGUGUCUAUAACCUAGGAGAUGGUGAUGUAGAAAUAGAUGUGCAGCCAUUGGUGACUCAAAGCGAAUCUGAGGAAGCUGUUAUGGAUCAAGUCAAGUUUGAAAGGAUUUACCAGUAUGUAAAGCUGAAUUACAUUACAGCAGCAACAUCAACUUCUCCGGAGUAUGAGAGCCCUUUGACUGCAAGCAGCAGAGGCAGUAACACACUCCUAAAUCUUGAUCCCAGCACUGUUGUCUUUUACGUUGGAGGAUACCCACCAGAUUUUAGGCCUCCACGCAAGCUGGACUAUCCUCAUUAUGAAGGCUGCAUUGAAUUAGACACCCUAAACGAGCGUAUUAUCAGCCUUUACAACUUCAAGAGGACAUUUAACCUCAAUACCACUGAAGUGCAACCUUGUAGAAGGUAUAAAGAAGAGACUGAUCAAAGUUAUUUUGAAGGCACUGGUUAUGCCAGUGCCACACUGAAAGAACUGAAUACUCGCACCCGAGUACGCUAUGAGCAGACGAUUGAAACUGCUGCAGAUGAAGGCAUCGUGUUUUUUGCAGAAAAUGGGGAUCAGUACAUCAGUGUGCUCAUUAAAGAUGGUCAUACAGUUUUUAGAUACAAAGUUGGCUCUGAACCUCCAAAAGAAAUAGAAACCAACGCGAUUGUAAAUGAUGGAACAUAUAAACAAAUUCAUUUGGUGCUUGACCGAAGUACAAAUACUGUUCAUGUCAGUCCUGAUAUUAGAGCCAACAUAAAGGUCUUCCUUUUCACUAAGUAUUACCUAGGUGGAAUUCCACCUUCUCUACGGGAACGAUUUAAUAUAUCCACACCUUCAUUCCGGGGCUGCAUGAAGAAUGUGAAAAACCCUAACACUGCAUCUGUUAUAUUUGACGAGACAGUUGGUGUCAGCAAGAAAUGUUCAGUUGACUGGAAGCUCAUCAGGUCUGCAGCUUUCUCCAGGCAGGGAACACUGGGACUGAGUGCAGCAGAUUUCCCAUAUCCCAAGGAUUUCCAAAUUGGCUUUGGCUUUCAGACCACGGAAUCGACUGGAACACUCUUAAAUUACAACUUAUGGCCUAAUAUUCUUACCAUCUCUCUGAGACCUGGCCUUGUAGUUGCAAAGAUGGGAGAGAAGGAAAUAGAACUGAAGAAGAACUACGAAGAUGGGUCAUUGCAUUAUGUGACAUUAAUAAAAACAGACAACCGUGUACGUCUGCUGGUUGAUAAUGAGUCGGAAUUGGCAUCAGUUGACUCUCCAAGAGCACGUGCAUUAAUCAUACCUAUAACAUUUGGUGGAGAUGAUUUUGAAGGUUGCAUCUCAAAUAUCUUUAUAAAAAGGACAGAUCAGUUCCCCGAGGUCCAAAACCUUGUUAAUUACACUGCAAAGACUGGUGUAUCCCUUGGAGCUUGCCACAAGUAUGAGAAGCUUGAACCACUGUUGCUGAAAGAAUUUAAAGAUCCUCUCAGGCUUAAGAUGCUCAAGAAUCAAAAAUACCUUGGUAAUCUGAAAAUUGAUUACCUUCAAAAGCACUCUUUACCAGCUCCUCUAAAUGUCAGCAAUGAAGUUUAUCUUCUUGGAAGCACACCCAACAGUUUCUUAUCCUACAUGUUUUCUUCACCAUCAUCUACAGACAGGUUACAUUUUUCUGUAGAUGUACGGACUCGAUCAUCACGAGGAUUAAUAGUUUACAUGGAGGGAAAGUCUGAGGACUCUUACCUGGCUCUCCACAUUUCAAAAGGGCGUUUUGUCGUUUCACUUGGCUCUGGAGGAAAACAAAUGAAAAUCAAAACCAGUAUUAAACACAAUGAUGGGCAAUGGCACACUGUGGUCUUCAGCACAGAGGGGAAGAACGCCCGCCUCGUUGUUGAUGGUCUAGGGGCCCAGCAUGGAAAAUUAGCAGCAAAUUCUGCCCUAAGCAUUAAGCCACCAGUCUACGUGGGAGGGUUGCCAUCACUGAAGAGACAGAAUAUACCAGUGAAUAGUUUCAAGGGUUGCCUGAGAAAUUUUGAGAUGAAUGGAAAUACCAUGAAUUCACCUCAGCGAAAAAAUGGAGUACUUCCAUGUCCGGAUGUUCCUACGGACACGGGGAUUUAUUUCUUUAAUGAAGGAGGAUAUAUCACCAUUGGUAAUUUGCCAAUGGGCUUGGAUUUUAGGAUUGUAUUUACCAUUCGACCAAGGACUUCAACAGGCAUACUCCUCCAUGCUGGAAGCAAGCAAGACAAUUAUUUGACUAUUUACAUGAAAGAAGGAAAGGUCAUUACUGCUGGAAGUAGUGGUGCUGGAGAGUUCCAGAUAUCAGUCACACCUAAGCAACCUCUAUCUAAUGGGAAGUGGCAUACUAUUGCAGUCUCUCAGAAGAAGAACAUGGUGCAGCUAGAGGUGGGCACACAGAGUAACUAUACUACUAGACUUUCACCCUCUCCUAUUAGACGUGUUCAUCAGCCACUCUACUUUGGCAAAAUUCCAGCAAAUUUGGACACACUGUGGCUUCCAGUCAAAGACCCAUUUCUUGGCUGUCUUCAAAAUAUUAAGAUCAAUGAUAAACAUGUCUCCAUCAGAAGAAUUUCAGAGGUUCAUGGUGUAGUGAGUUUGCACGGGUGCCCAGUGAAGUAACUUUGCUGCUAUGGUACUUGUACACACAUUGGGUUGGGUCUGCUGAAGUACUGUGUGAAUUCAUGCAACCUGGGCUCUCCUUUUGCUGACCACCGUGUGACUGUCAUCAGGUUGGUGAGCAAAUGCACCCUCCAGAUGUGAACUGCACCAAAGCAAUUAAAAGAUCUGCUUUGAUAAACUCCCUUUUAAAUGUUACUGAUUUCCAAGGUAAUCCAUUGUGCCUUUUGAAAUAUAUGCAGAAAAUAUAAUUGUAUAUAUACCCUACUGGGCCAAAUUCUGCUCUCACCCACAACAGCAUAGUCUUGAGUACUCCACUGUCAUAAUUUUGGAAAUUUGCCUUAGUG